AUGAGAGAGAAUAGUCUUGAUACUUAUUACAGACAGAUCUCUUUUGAAUAUCAACGUAUACUUCAUGCCUCUAAUGAAAAAACAGUUGAACUCUAUUCCACUGAUUUAUUUCCUAGCACUGGUAAUGUAGUUGGAUAUCAUGUCAAUAUGCCAUGUAAAUCAUGCCAAAGUCAACCUAACAGUGGUCAUAGUUGGAUGUUUAGAAACAGUGCUAUCAAAGCUCAAAUUAUAUAUUUGAAAUGUAUAAAUAAUAAUAAUAAUAAUAUAUUUGUAUAUACAUGUUUGGGUUUAAAUGCAAUUGAAUUACCUUUACUUUGGGGUUUCGUUCGUGAAACAAGUGGCAAUUUUAAAACAGGUGAUGAAGAAGCAGCUAGGUUAUCAAGUCAAUUAUCAGUUCAUUUAUCUUCAUUCGUUUAUUUCUUUGUACAUGAACCUUGGCCAAAACGGAUAUUUGCAGUCACUUACAAUGAUUCAAACACACAUGAUGAAUUUAUUCUAUAUUCAAGAUAA